UUACUCGUGCGUCAUCCAAUGGAAACAAAUCGGAGUCAACAACAACGUCACUGACAAUGAAAACUGAGGAAUUUGCCCUCAUUUUUGUCGUAAGGAAUGUUGUUAAUAUGUGUGUCACGAGUUGCGGAUCCCAGGCUAGUAAAGAUGCUGAAUGAAAAAGAGACGAGCGCAUGAAUCUGCUAUGAACGACCCAGGAACACAUUUGGGGUUCUGGACGACGCCUGGCGGGGAAAUCUGGGAAAUUUUAUUUGGUUCUUCCUGGAUUCUUCUACACCUUGGUUGGUGUUGGCGUGGAAGACAUGGUCAGUCCACUGCAGGGCGACUUGUCCUAUGCGUGGGAAAAGUACAUGGACUGUAGGCUUCAAGGAGCAGAUCUGCAGGUCAGCCUCCAGAGUCUAGAGAACUUCCUUUGCCUCUUCCACUAUGUGCAGCAUCACCCUCAUCACACUAAAGAUGCACUGAAAUUCUGCUCAGACAUGAGUGGGGCCAGUAACACACUGGCAAGGGAGUUCCUAACUGACGUACACCAGCUAUGCAGUGCGGUGGCUCAGAGAGCGGAGGCUCGGGAGGAAGAUGAGGAGGAAAGUCACAUGGUUGCACUUGGAGAGUACCUGGUCAGAGGAAGGGGAUUUCUGUUGCUUAGCACCCUGGAUUCCAUCAUUGACCAGGAGUUGACUUGCCGAGAGGAGCUGCUCACUUUGCUGCUGUCGCUACUCCCUCUGGUUUGGAAGAUCCCUGUGCAGGAAGACAAAGCCCCAGAUUUCACCCUGCCGUCUCUAUUGGAAGUGUUCCUCAGCCGGGAGGUUAAGGCCGUGCCUCUCAGAGCAGGACAGAAGACUGGCGUAGAUGACCAGGAAUCUGGAAAGAGGCCACGUGUUGGCAGCGGUACCUGGAAAUCAAGGAGGUCACGUAGGACAGCCCAGAAAUAUGCUGUAAAGGAUGCUCGGCGGGCCCAAGUUUCUACCUCAGAUUCCGAAGCCAACACUGAAGACAAAGCAGGCCCAGGUGGCUCAAGGAGUAGAAGGUCCCAUGGCUCUACCAUCCGGGUAAGCUGUCAACAUCAUCGUUUAGAAACUACACAGUUAACUGCCACAGCAACCACAGAAACCAUGAGUGCACCAUACCCACAUCCCAGGGUCCAUGGAUCACAGACAAUGGACACUGAAACCUUAACAGACCCGGCUGCCAUGUCAAUUUUUAACCGCAUGGAGAACUCACCCUUUGAUCUAUGUUAUGUCUUACUUUCGUUACUGGAAAAAGUGUGUAAAUUUGACAUGAGCAUAAAUCACAAUCCCAGCCUGGCAGUCAGUGUUGUACCAACUCUCACUGAGAUCCUGACUGAGUUUGGAGAUUGUUGUGGUCCAGGAAGCAGUGGUGGUACAGGCGCGGAGGAGCUUGCUGGGGGCUGGACAGAAGAGCCCAUUGCACUGGUCCAGAGGAUGCUUCUACGCACCAUCUUGCACCUGAUGUCAGUUGAUGUGAGUCAAAGUGAAAAGCUUCCUGAUAGCCUGAGACGCAGCCUAACCGAUCUGCUUCGUGCAACACUGAAGAUCCGAAGCUGCCUUGACAGACAGACAAACCCAUUUGCUCCUCGACCAAAAAAGACCCUACAGGAAGUCCAAGAUGAUUUCUCUUUUUCACGUUUUCGUCACAGAGCACUAUUGCUGCCUGAGCUUCUAGAAGGGGUACUGCAAGUUCUUCUGAGUUGCCUGCAGGCCUCCACACCCAACCCCUUUUUCUUUAGCCAAGCACUAGAUCUCAUCCAUGAAUUUGUCCAACACCGUGGUCUGGAGCUGUUUGAAGCUACAGUGCUGCGAUUAGAGGAACUCGGGAGGGCUCGGGAUUCGGAAGUAGGAGGUGAGGCUUCAGAAAGGCUACGAGGUCUAGUUGCAGGGGUCUUCAAGAUCAUCAGUGCCGUCAAGAAAGCAAAGUCGGAGCAGCUGCAUCAGUCUGUGUGUGCCCGACGUCGUCACCGUCGCUGUGAAUAUUCCCACUUCCUGCAUCAUCACAGAGAUCUGUCAGGUUUGCCUGCUUCUGCUUUUAAGAAGGUUGCCUGGCGCAACCCAUUUGAAGAGGACACUGAAGGGAAAGAAGGCAUGGAGGGUGAUGCAGUGCGUUACCCUGAGCGCUGCUGCUGCCUGGCAGCCUGCGCUCACCAAUGUCUACGGCUUCUGCAACGCUUGUCGCCAAGUGGACCAGCUGUGUUGCAGGUACUGGCCGGGGUGCAGGCUGUUGGUAUUUGCUGUUGCAUGGACCCUCGUUCCGUGAUAAGACCACUGUUGGAUGCCUUCCAAGCUCCAGAUCUGCGUAGUUACCAGUCUCAUGUUCUCAGUGUUCUGGGUAGACUGAUUCUAGAACAGCUUGGUGGGGGACAGCCCUCAGAGAGAGCGAAGCUUGCUUCGUGUAACAUUUGCACUCUGGACCAGAGUCAGUUGCCAGUUCUGGAGGAGACACUACAACAUGGGGAACCUUCAGCUCUUUCUACUAGCCUGUGCUACCGUUCCCAGGGGAUUCUACCGAGUGGAGGGGGCGCAGAGGACAUGUUGUGGAAGUGGGAUGCCCUUGAGGCUUACCAAAAACUAGUGUUUGGAGAGGACCGACAGUUGAGCCAGCAGGUAGCUGGUCAUGUGUGCCACCUGACACUGCGUGGCAAUGCCGUAGUGCAGUGGCAGCUGUACACACACAUCUUCAGUCCUGUGCUGCAGCGAGGGGUAGAGCUAGCCCACCAUGCGCUGCAGCUUGGGGUUUCUACAGUUUGUACCCAAGUCUGUAGCUAUCACACUCAGUGCCUGCCUGUGGAGGUGUUACUCAUAUACCUGCAAGCGUUACCUGCCCUCCUUAAAUCAAGGGUGAUCCGAGAUCUCUUCAUCAGCUGCAAUGGGCUCAACCAGAUGACAGAACUGGUGUACCUUGACCAGACGUGCUCUCUAGCUUUGAAGGUAUUUGAGACUCUAAUAACCAGUUUUGGACGCCAGGAAGCGGACAACGUACUCCAGGAGCUGGAGAUUGCAGUUGCCGAACAGAAGCAGACAAUCUCGAACCUGGCUGAGGAUCCAGGGUCAAGAGGAUCUGGAGAAGGCCCGCAGAGCCUUAGCAAGUUCUAUGAGGGGCUAAAAGAGGGAUAUCCACGUCAUAAGAGUCGUAGUGGGCAGGGACGAGGAGCAGGGCGGAGCCAAGCAGAGACCCACCUCCAUGUCAUUAACCUUUUCCUCUGUGUUGCUUUCCUGUGUGUUAGCAAAGAAGCUGAUUCUGACCGGGACUCAGCUAAUGACUCUGAGGACACUUCAGGGUACGAUAGUACAGCCAGUGAGCCUCUGGGCGGGCGGCUGGCUUACCUGUCCCCAGACAGCGUGACCCUGCCAUCCAAAGAGCAAGUACGACGGGCCGCAGAUGUUUGGUCGGUGUGUCGGUGCGUCUACCUGGCCAACCCUUUGUUCCAGAGGCAGUUCUUCAGACUAGGGGGGUUGGAUGUCUGUUUGCGCCUUAUGAGCAUGGUCAUUCAGAAGAUUUCCUGCAAAAACAAAGAUGGCAAAGCAAAGAAGAAGAAGGAGUUCAAAUCCAAAAGUAGCCCAGAGUCCACAGUCUUUGUCAGUCUAGAUAAGCCAGGUCCGAAAUCAAUUCACUGCUCUCCUCCAACGGAAGGGAAGACCAAAGAUCCAACAAAGAGGCAGGAAGAAGAGUGGCAAUUACAAAGUAUCCGCCUUCUUGAGGCUUUACUGGCUAUUUGUCUACACGGUGCCAACUCAGCCCACCAGAAGACAGACUCUGAGCUUUCUUAUCAGCUCCAGUCAGUGGAUGAUACCCUAUUAGAGGUGAGAGACCAGCUCUCUCGCUCAGGGGUGGUCAGCUCUGACCUCGCUGUGCCGCUGUUUGAUUCUCUUCUGAGAGUAGCCUUGGCCAAUGUGUCGCCCUCUUCCGAGCCUCCCGAGGAGAAGCCAGACAGGAAACUCCAAGUGUUGGCAGAGGGGGCGGCCCCAGCAGGCGAUCUAUCAGAGGAGGUGGACGGCGUUCAGAGCUGUGGCGUCAAGCCCCUAGGGGAGGAGGAGGAGGAGGGCUACGACGCGGAUAGCGAAAGCAACCCUGAGGACAUGGCCAACCAGGAAGAUGGAUUGAAGGUGGAGACUGUACAGUGGCAGUUUGCGACAGUGGCAGACUGCCCUGGGCGUGGCUUUCUGCUUUUCCCAGAGAUCUGCACAGUGGAGUUGCAACUACUGGCCACAGGUUCCCCAGACCUGGAGUUACUGAGUCAUGUGUUUCAAAGCCUGCUCUGUGCGGUCCGCACCAACCACCGCAAUGCCGCUCUGCUCUAUGACCAGGGAGUGGUCAAAACCAUCCUAUCUGGCUUUCAUGACAUCCUUUGCCAAGCGGACUCUUACCUUAAAGACUGCCAGACCAUUAUAGUGGAGCUGCUGGUUGCCAUGAUAAGCCAGCGAAUCACAGCAGAGGAACUAGCCCUCUUGAUUCGUCUCUUUCUGGACCAGACUCCACCUACUGAGAUUUUACUGAAGGGCAUCUUACAAAUUGUUGAAGCCAACGUGAACGUAGAACCACUUCAUCAGUUGGACUUUCCAAUAAUCAUUGGGACCUUGACCCCAGGAGGAGCGUCUCCGAGUUCCAGACCGAAUGGAAAUGCUGGCGGGAAAAGUGUCAGUCUGCUCUGGAAGGGUAAACUGUCUCCUGGCCGCUGGGAGGGAGACAGCGAAAUCAGACCGAGUCACCUGCGUUCCUCUCCAUGGAACACCGCACCUUUGCACCUGCCUCUGGUGGGGCAGAACUGUUGGCCUCACAUGGCUAGUGGCUUCAGCGCCUCUAUGUGGCUGAAGGUGUUAGAGCAAGAAGAAAAAGAGGGGAACACAGAAAAGGAGAAGAGAAACAUACCGGCAGCUGAUUCUCACCAUGGCUCGCCUCAGGCUGGGAGAAGAGUAGUGGAGGAAAGCCUCAUUCAUAUUCUAUCCAUGGGCUCUAAAGCACUGAUGCUUCAAGUGUGGGCAGACUUCUCUACUGGCUCACUCACAUUCAGGGUUUGUAUCGACCCAAACGACGAAAUAAAAGCAGGGCUGUUGGCUCAAGCGGACUCCGGUGAGGGACUUCUCCGUCCUGGCCAAUGGCAGCACCUCGGUCUCACGUAUACCCAGCAGCCCGAGGGGAAAAAGAACAUCCAUGGGCGUGUGGUUGUCUGGGUGUGUGGCAUCAUGAAAUGUGACGUUUUCUUGGACUACACUUUGCCCCGCAAGUCCAGUUUAUCCUCUGACAGCAACAAGACUUUCUGUAUGCUGGGCCAUUGUAUCACAUCCUCUGAGGAGGUGUCUAAACAGCGUGUACACUGGAGCAUGGGAACAGUGCUCUUGUUCAAUGGUGCCAGAGUAGGUUCUGAUGAGGCCUUCUUCCUCUACACCAGCGGGCCAGACCUAGCCUCUAUCAUGCCCUGCAAUUACGGCAAACCCACGGGGUCAUUCUCCAAGUUUGUCACUCAGGAAGGGCUCAGGUGUGAGCGUGUGCGGGAACUGCUGAUGAAGAGCAAGGAUGUGGACACAACAGCUUUGGUUGAGAGCUUGGCAGUUGUGUAUGCUCCCAACAGUCCCAGGGUCUAUACUAUCUAUGAGCCAGUGAUUAGACUGAAGGGACAAGCCAAGACUGUGGUGACCCAGCGGCCCUUCAGCUCUAAAGAGGUGCAGAGUGUUUCCUUGGAGCCCAACGCUCUCAAGGCUCUGCUGCCCACCGAAACCCACGGCCUGCAGAGCGUCCUGCACAAGAUAGGAGGGACGGGGAAUUUUGUCUUCCUCUUUGCACAGACAGUGGAGCUGAGUGACUGUGAGAUGACCCAGGCAUUGGCCUUGCAGAUACUCCUGUCUCUGUCUAAGUUCAACCAGCAUCGCAUCCACGAAAUGGACUGUUACCAUGGCUACUCUAUGAUACACCAAGUGCUCAUCAAGUCCAAAUGUGUGGUUGGAUAUCAUAUGCUGAAAACUCUGUUGGAUGGGUGUUGCAGUGGGCCUAUUUUAAUCCUGGAGGAUGACGGUCAAUUCCGUUUGGACACAGAAUCUAUAGCCGUGGUACAGGACAUCAGGCUGCUCUCAGACGUCCUGUUGGACUGGAAGAUAUGGGCCAAAGCAGAGUGCGGCGUGUGGGAGACACUGCUGGCAGCCUUAGAGAUCCUCAUCAGGGUGCAUCACCCUUAUCAGGUCUUCAACAUCCGUCAGUUCCUAAAGGCUGAAGUGGUGCACCGCUUCCUGCUCACCUGUCAGGUGUUACAGGAGCAUCGGGACGACCAUCUGACUGCCAUCCCACAGGAAGUCUGUAUGUCCUUCAUCAAAAUAACCCAGGAGGUAUUGGGAUCACCUCCAGACCUAGACUUGCUCAAACUUAUCUAUAACUUCCUGCUGGCGGUUCACCCACCGACUAACACCUACGUCUGCCACACGCCAUCCAGCUUCUACUUCUCACUGCAUAUAGAUGGGAAGUUAUACAAUGAUAAACUGCAGUCCAUCAUGUACCUGCGACACUCUAACAGCGGAGGGAAGUCUGCCAGCAGUUCAGUGGUGUCUCUUUCCCCAACGGUGUUCACAGAAGCUCCCCAAGAAGGCACCCUCCCUGUUCCAUCCCCUGAGCACGGAGGUGAUGAUCAGUCUUUAUGCCCACCCAGUCUGGCACCAUCUCCAUAUACUUCCCCUUUGCUGACACCACGCCUUGCGCACAGUGGCUCAAAUGAGGCAGGUGACGUUGAGCGGUUGUCGCUGGCCACCCAGCAGGCUCUGGGUAGUACAGAAACGCUCAAGAAAGGAGGAGGAGGCGGCGACGAGCAGCUCCUGAGCAGUUGUGAAUCCGCAAAGACUAUCUGUGACUCGAAGGAAAUAAGCAAAGAUGGAGCUCCGCGCACUCCGUCCAUUAGCAUUGAGGAGGAGCGGGACGAGGCAGCUGAAGUGGACAGCUUGGCAGAAGGGAGUGUGGGUGUUGCGGAGUCCGAGGACAGGUUUGAUUGGGCUAGUGACGAGGCGCCUCGACGCCCUGACAGCCUUAAAGGUAUCCAGUCCUUCCAGAGGAGCCACAGCAACCUGGCCAGUCUGGGAUUGGCUUUCCCAGCUCCAAAUGGCUCCUUGGCAAUCAGUCGCUGGCCCAGUGCAGCUGACCGAAGCUCUGUACCAGAAGACUGGGAAAGUUACACCUACUCUCCUGGCUAUCAGAGGACACACAGCAAAACUGAUUCCAACGACCGGUCCAGUACGGAGGACUGCCUGGUGCUCAUCUGCUGUGGCCUCUAUGACCUUCUGAAGGGUGUUCUGCUGCUGCUGCCAGACCUCAUGCUGGAAGAGGUCAUGGACAAACUCAUCCAGCCUGAAGCGCUAAUUGUCCUCGUCAACCACUCGUCACCACUCAUCCAGCAAGGCGUCAUGAAGCUGCUGGAUGCAUACUUUAGCAGGGCCAACAAGGAGCAGAAGGAGAAAUUCCUGAAAAAUCAUGGUUUCUCCCUCCUCGCCAACCAGCUGUACAUCCACCAAGGAAGCCAGGGGCUAAUUGAGUGCUUCCUCGAAAUGCUGUUUGGUCGCCCAGUGGGCAUGGAAGAAGAUCUAGAUCUGGACGAAAUGGAAACCAUCUCGCCUUUCACAAAGCGCUGUAUCAUCCCAGUUUUGGGUCUUAUUGAGAACUCCCUGUGUGAGAACUCGUUGGUGCACAACAUCCUAUGCAUGUUGCUGCAGCUUCUCAACGCCUGCCCCAAACUGGCAGAUAUCCUGCUAGAUCACGGACUGCUCUACGUGCUGUUCAACACCCUCUCCACUCUCAAUGGACUGGAGACCGGAAUUCCCCCGAAUGACUACAAGCUCCUGGUGUGUGACAUCCAGCAGCUGUUGGUAGCUGUCACUAUCCACUCCUGCAGCUCUUCAGGGUCACAGUACUUUCGCAUCAUUGAGGAUCUCAUUACCUUGCUUGGUUUCAUGCAAACCAGCAAGAUGCGGCGCACGCAGGAGAUGGCAGUUGCUUUGCAGUUCCGUGUCCUUCAGUCGGCUAUUGAGUUCAUAAAGACAACCGCCAAUCAAGAGCCUCAAAAGCUGAGCAGCUCCCAUAAUGCACCAAGCUCUCCGCAUCAUGCCAUUUAUCAGAAACGAAAGAGCAUCGCAGGUUCCAUUGCCUUGAAAGACUCCAUUAUCCCCCGCAUUCCCAGGCAGCACUACUGCUCCUACGGCCAGAUUCCCUUGCCCUCUCACUUCAACUUCCUGCCCCAGGACUCCCCCAUCCCCUCCCCUACUGGAACUCCAUCCUACAUGCUCCACUGUGAUGCAGGCCGACGCCGCUUCUCUCUAGCCCAGACGGACUCUCUACUAGUGCGCAUGCGCUCGGUUGCAAGCGACGAGCUCAACCAGAUGAUGCAGAGGAGGAUGAGCCAGGAAAACCCUAUCCGUGCAAGUGAGACAGAGUUUGUGCAGAGGCUGCAGAGGCUUGUGGUCCUUGCUGUCAACAGACUCAUUUAUCAUGAUGUCAGUCAGGACUUAUUUGACCUGUUGAGCAUCCCUGAUUCUCCAGACCAACAGCUUUUCACACCAGAACCGGGAGACCAAACGCAUGACGAGAGUGACUCAGCCUCUGCUCCGCAUUCGCCUAUUCCCUUUACACUGCCACCCGCCAGCAAAAAGAGCUUACAGAAAGACAUCCUCAAGCUCAUGAUGGACGGGAUUAAAAUCAGCUUGGGUAGUACGGGUCGUGGUGGAGCCCCACGUCAGCAGUGGCAAAGGAUCUUGUGGUCAUGUCGAGACACGUUUCGGGUGCAAAUCGGUCGGUUAUUGGUGCACACGCUCAGCCCUACUCGUCCUUUGUGCGAUAGGAAGGAGGCACUGGAAUUUGUUUUUGAUCGAAGACAUUUGGAUAUCCUUAAGGAGAGCCUUAGCCCAGGACUAGAGCAUGGACCCAAGUUGUCGCUCUACCUUUAUGAGAUGCUUCAUGACCACAAGGACUGUCUCACCAAAGACGAACAGAAUGCCGUGAGUGUAUUCAUGACCUCGCUCAAGCUUUGUGGCCAUCGCUGCAUCCCACCCAAAGUUCUACACAAGCAGGACCUGCUUAAGGCCAUCAAAGAGGAAAAAUUAAAGUAUGAAGCAGAGGAAAAAACAAGCAAAGUAGCAUGGGAAAAGAAAAUGACAAACACUCAGAGAAAUCUUAUCCAAAGGCUGGAUGGAAAGUCCAAAGACAUUUCAAAGAUUGCGGCGGACAUAACUCAGAAUGUGUCUCUGCGUCAAGGCAUGGAGAGAAAGAAAGUCAUCCAGCACAUCAGAGGCCUCUACAAGACUGACCUGAGCGCCAGCCGGCAUUGGCAGGAGCUGGUGCAGCAACUCACACAUGAUCGUGCCGUUUGGUACGACCAGACAUCCUACCCGACAUCCUGGCAGUUGGACCCGACCGAAGGCCCGAACCGUGAACGCCGACGGCUACAAAGAUGCUACCUCACCAUCCCAAACAAAUACUUGCUCACAGACAGACGUAAGCCUGAAGACACUGUGAAGCCUCCGCUGUCAUUCCUGUUUGAGGAUAAGACGCACUCGUCCUUCUCUUCCACCGUGAAAGACAAAGCUACUAGCGAGCCCAUCAGGUUCACCAGGCGCUGCAUCAGUGUUGCCCCCUCCAGAGAGACAGCAGGGGAGCUGCUUCUAGGGAAGUCUGGAAUGUACUUUGUCGAGGACAAUGCAGCGGAUGCUCAUGACAGCCAGAGCCUCCACGGUGAGACUGAGGCACCUUCCUUCUCUUGGACCUAUGAGGAGAUCAAGGAGGUGCACAAGCGAUGGUGGCAGCUGAGAGACAACGCAGUGGAGAUUUUCCUCACCAACGGUCGAACGCUACUGUUGGCAUUCGACAACAACAAGUUUCGCGAUGAUGUCUACCAUAACAUCUUGACCUCGGAUUUACCCAACCUGCUGGAGCACGGCAACAUCACGCCGCUCACACAGCUGUGGGGAUCGGGACAGAUCUCCAACUUUGAGUAUCUCACACAUCUCAACAAGCACGCCGGCCGCUCCUUUAACGACCUCAUGCAAUACCCAGUGUUCCCCUUUAUACUGCGGGAUUAUACCAGUGAGACGCUGGAUCUGCAGGACUCCACCAUCUACAGGAAUUUGAGCAAGCCAAUCGCCGUCCAAUCGAAAGAAAAAGAAGAUCGCUAUGUGGACAAUUACAGAUAUCUGGAAGAGGAGUACAGGAAGGGCAUUCGAGAGGACGACCCCAUGCCUCCUGUCCAGCCUUACCACUACGGGUCGCACUACUCCAACAGCGGCACUGUGCUCCACUUCUUGGUGCGAAUGCCACCCUUUACCAAGAUGUUUCUGGCCUACCAGGAUCAGAGCUUUGAUAUCCCGGACCGAACGUUUCAUUCCAUGAACACCACGUGGCGUCUCUCCUCCUACGAGUCCAUGACGGAUGUGAAAGAGCUCAUCCCAGAGUUCUUCUACCUCCCUGAAUUCCUGGUCAACAGAGAGGGUUUUGAUUUUGGCGUCCGUCAGAACAGCGAGAGGGUGAACCAUGUCAAUUUGCCUCCCUGGGCCCGCAACGACCCGCGUCUGUUCAUCCUGAUACACCGCCAGGCACUGGAAUCGGACCAGGUGUCUCAGACGCUGUGUCAAUGGAUCGACCUGGUAUUUGGACUAAAGCAGAAAGGCAAAGCUGCGGUCCAUGCUAUCAACGUCUUCCACCCAGCUACUUAUUUUGGCAUGGACGUUUCGUCAGUAGAAGAUCCAGUACAGCGAAGAGCGUUAGAGACCAUGAUCAAGACGUACGGGCAGACUCCUAGGCAGCUUUUCAACACCUGCCACGUCAGCAGGGCUGGUCCCAAACUUAUGAUGGAGGGCGAGCUCCCGGCUGCUAUGGGUCUCCUGGUUCAGCUUGCCUUCAGAGAAACCCGAGAGCAGGCUAAGGAGAUCAUCUGCCCCAGCCCCCUGCCGUGGAUCAAAGGUUUGAAGUGGGGAGAGUAUGUGGGCUCCCCUAGUGCGCCCGAUCCGGUGGUGUGCUUCAGCCAGCCUCAUGGCGAGAGGUUUGGAUCAUUACUGGCUCUGCCGACACGGGCCAUUUGCGGACUGUCGCGCAAGUUCUGCCUCAUGAUGAUUUACAGCAAGGAGCAGGGUGUUCGGAGCAUGCACAGCACAGACAUCCAGUGGUCGGCCAUCUUGAGUUGGGGCUACGCAGAUAACAUACUGAGGCUGAAGAGUAAACAGAGCGAACCACCCAUCAACUUCAUCCAGUGCUCCCCGCUGCACCAGGUGACCAGCUGCGCAUGGGUGCCCGAUGGCUGCCAGCUAUUUACGGGAAGCAAGUGUGGAGUCAUCACCGCCUACAGCAACCGCUUCACUAGCACCACGCCGACAGAGAUGGAGGUGGAGGCUCAGGUUCACCUGUACGGACACACGGGGGAGGUCACCAGCUUGUUUGUGUGCAAACCUUAUAGCAUUGUCAUCAGCGUCAGCACGGACGGCACCUGCAUCCUCUGGGACCUCAACAGGCUUUGUUACGUGCAAAGCCUCACCGGCCACAAGAGCCCUGUGACGGCGGUUUCUGCCAGCGAGACCACCGGUGACAUCGCGACAGUGUGCGACUCAGUGGGCGGCGGUAGCGACCUGCGUCUAUGGACUGUCAACGGUGACCUCAUCGGUCACGUGCACUGCAGAGAGAUCAUUUGCUCCGUAGCUUUCUCUAAUCAACCGGAAGGCGUCUCUGUCAACGUCAUUGCUGGCGGGCUAGAAAAUGGCGUCGUCAGGCUUUGGAGCACGUGGGACCUAAAACCAGUGCGAGAGAUCACCUUUCCCAAGUCCUGCAAACCCAUCAUCAGCCUGACGUACUCGUGUGACGGUCACCACCUGUACACGGCCAACAGCGAGGGCACGGUGAUGGCAUGGUGUCGGCGGGACCAGCAGCGCAUGAAGCUGCCCAUGUUCUACUCGUUUUUAAGCAGCUACGCCGCAGGUUGAGUGUGCAUGUGUAUAUAAGUGAGUGUGCGUGUGUGUGAGAGUGAGAGACGUUUACUACCAUCCAGGUGUGUCCUCACUCCUCCUCCCAUGGAGAGAAACAAAUGACAGCCUCAAACACCCUGCUUGACUUUUACCUCAAGCCGUCCCAGCCAUAUAUAUAAAUACAUAUGAUAUAUUAUAAAUAUAUAAUAUACAGAGGAAUGUUUGGGACGCUGGACAUUUGACUGGUGGCUGCAACAGACACUUUAUACACAAUGCAUUUGUGCAUGUGUUCUUUCCUGCUUUUUCUCUCUCCCUGUUAAGCUGCUAUUUGGCUAAGUAGCCAAACGUUCCGCCUCUGGACUUGUCUGCUCCUCUCUUCAGCGCCCAAAAGGAGGAGGAGCCAAGGUGUCCGACUACCGCAUGCCAGAAUGACGCUUGACUGUAUCGAGGUGAUACGCUCCUCCUUGCAACUGUCCUUUAUAUUUAUUAUUGUGUGAUAUCAAUAUCCUGUUUAUUUAUAUGAACUCAUCUGCUGCCUAAUGCACUACACAUACAUUGCAACCUCUCUGCAAACCGGUGGUGAAGUGUUGUUUUCCUCUUGCUCCGAUCAUGCCUCGUACUCUCUAAGAGGUGAGUAAGCACCUCUCUGCUUCCAUGUAAAUGUUCUUUACAUUCCCUCUCUACUUUGCAGCACUUUCUCAUCUAUUACGGCACUUUUUUUGUUUAAUAUUCGCAAGCCUGUCAACUUCAACUUCAGUCUUAAAGAGAGCAAUAUCAGACUACAUGCAAUAGGUCAUCUUUUUAUGUAUUUCUUUUCUUUCUGCCUUUUGAGCCUUCUGUCUUACAUUUCACUCUUGUUUACAAGAAAGGGAAUAUUUGUUAUGAAUGAGUGUUACUAUACAGUCUUGAUUUCCUGUUUACUUACAUGUACAUACUUUUUAACACAACCAUAGCUCAUCUUUUUUCUCUACAAAAAGCAGCAUGAAGGAAGAUCCGGUAUAAUGUUCACACAAAAAAGUGUUUUAUUUCCUCUCGAUAAACUUGAGCUAUGCAUAAAUGAAGCUUGUUGUUGUAAAAAAAAUCAAAUAAAAUGUCCUGUUGGAUCAAAUUUAAAUCAUUGGUCUUGGUUGUGCGGUUUGGACUGAAAGUUUGUAAUAUCUGUGUGCGUUUGUCAACAAACCAAGUGAUGAAUAUAUUAUAUGAAAUAUAUCAAUAUUAGAUCUUUCCUGUGAUAAAAUGGCAACCAAGGUAAUCAAAAAGGUCAACCAACGAACAAGAUUUCUCUAUAGAAUCUCCUCUCUGGUCAACAAAAGCACCAUGAAGAUUCUAGCGGGAACUCUCGUUCAACCCUUUUUCGAUUACGCAUGCACCUCCUGGUACCCUAGCACCUCCAAAACCCUCAAAUCUAGACUCCAAACAUCCCAGAACAAGCUAGUCAGAUUACUUUUAGACCUCCACCCCAGAUCACACCUCACUCCUACCCACUUCUCCAAAGUGGGCUGGCUCAGGGUGGAGGACAGAGUAAAACAACUUGCACUGAGCCUAGUCUAUAAAAUCCGCUACACCUCCCUGAUACCGAAGUACAUGUCAAACUACUUCCUUAACGUAAAUGACCGCCAUAACCACAACACCAGGGGGAGCUCCACUAACCACGUUAAACCCAGAUUCCGAUCUAACAAAGGUCUUAACUCAUUCUCUUUCUAUGCCACAUCAAUGUGGAAUGCACUCCCAACAGGUAUAAAAGAAAGGGCAUCUCUAUCCUCCUUCAAAACCGCACUAAAAGAACACCUCCAGGCAACUUCAACCCUAAACUAGCACCCUCCCUUCCUCAUCAUACCUCCUCGGAUUGUAAAUAAUCAAAUGUAAACAAUCAAAUGUAGUCACUUUUUCUUAUAAUUUCUGAUCUCUCUCUCUGUGUCCAAUACUUGCUGUACAUAUCCUACCAAGUCAGUCCUACACUGUUCCAAUGUCAUUUUCUCUGAUGAUGCAAUUGUUGAUGACUGAAGUGUUGAUUCCAACCAAACUUACCCCCCCGCCCCCCC